AUGAGUGAGAUUCUGAGGAAGGUGAAAGAAGGUUUCAUGGAGGUGAAAGCGGAAUUGAGAGAGGUGAAGGAAGGGAGGACGGAGAUGAGAGAAUGGAUGGAGGAAAUGAGAAGGAGAUUAGACAGUUUGGAGGAAAGAGUAGAGGAAAUGGAGAAAGAUAAGGGAGGGGAGGAGAAAGAGGAAGGGUGUGGGGAAAAGAAGGUAAAGGAAAAGAUAGAACAGUUGGAGUUAAGGAGAAAGGGAGAGAUGAAGGAAGUAGAAGGAAAAAUGAAGAGGCUAGAGUUGGAGGGGGAAAAGAGGAAAAGGGAAGAGAGUUUGUUUGAACCAUCUUUUCGUGAAAAUAUAGCAUCUUGUUUUGUUCAAAAUAAGCAUUGCCAAGGGAAUAGUAUAUUGUCUAUUUUAAGAUCGCACUCUUGCUUUAGUAAUUUGCCCAAAGAUGUAAGAACUCUUCUACAUACACCACGACAUCCUGUCGUUGUAUUUAAAAUUAAGCCAGGGGAAUAUGUUCAUUGCAAUCUAGAAGAAGGAAUUGUUGAAAAUCUCUUAAAUUCUUCAUUUGAACAUGUUAUUACAGAAUUAGAAAUUGAUUUCAACAUUGAUGGAUGUACUUUGGAUAAGUCAUCCACUGUUCAAAUCUGGCCAAUUCAAUGCAGAUUAGUAAACGUGCGAAAUGUUAAACCAAUUGUUGUAGGACUUUAUAAAGGUGCACAAAAGCCUAGUGAUCCCGUUGCUUUCUUUGAAAAAUUCAUCGCUGAUAUUGCAGCCAUUAUAUCCAAGGGAGGUAUAACUUUUCGUGGCAGUGUUAUAGUAAUAAAAUUAAGGUCCUUCAUAGCUGAUGCAACGGCUCGAGCGUUCAUUCUAAAUCAUCGUGGUCAUACAUCAUGUCAUCCCUGUUCCAAGUGUAAAAUUUCUGGCAUACAAAGCAAUGGUCGUUACGUCUUCAAUGGUAUAAAUCAUCCUCCUCGUAGUGAUAAAGAUUAUAAAUUGCAUCUUGAUGAAGAUCAUCACAAGAAGGGUAUAAGUCCAUUAUUUAUGCUGCCAAUAGGAAUGGUUUCCCAAGUGCCCUUUGAGUAUAUGCACUUAGUAUGUUUGGGUGUGAUGAAAAAAAUAUUGUCCGCAUUGGUACAUGGCAAGUAUUCACGGUUAGCUAAACUUCCGGCAGUAUCAAUUUCUACAAUUAGUGCACGUUUAAAUAAUUUACGACAAUAUUGUCCUACGGAUUUCUCAAGACGCCCUAGAUCUUUAGAUGCAUAUUCCAAAUAUAAAGCAACAGAAUUUCGCCAAUUUCUGUUGUAUACAGGGCCUGUUGUUAUGUACGGUAUUUUGGAUGAACAAUUGUAUAAACACUUCUUACUUUUACAUGCUGCUAUAAGGGUCUUACUAUUAAAGUGCCAUUCGGAGAAAUAUCUGACGAUCGCGGAACUUGUAUUGCAAAAGUUUGUAGUUCGUUCUAAUAAUCUUUUUGGCUCAAAUUUUACUAGUUACAAUGUCCAUGGUCUACUUCAUCUCACAAACGACGUUAGGCGUUUUGGUAGUCUAGAAUCAUUUUCCGCUUUUCCGUAUGAAAAUAAUAUGUCCAUUUUUCGUAAAUAUUGUAGAAAACCAAGUUUAUCUUUACAACAAUUUGCCAAUAGAAUGACAGAAAUACAAUAUCACGGACAUGAGAAUUUCAAAAUCGAUUCAUCCACUCGCGUGUCAAUGCCAUGUAAGAAUAAUGAAAAUAGUAAUUAUUAUUUGAAAAUUGAAUGUAAUGGAAUACGCCUAACUACCAAUAUGCGAGACAAUUGUUGCAUUUUGUUAGAUCGGUCAAUUUGUAUUGUCUUGCAUAUUAUUGCAGAGAACGGUUCUUAUCGUUUAGCUGUAAAGCGUUUUUUAGACGUGGAUAAUUUUUAUAAUGUUGGAAUGCCAUCUUUAGCCUUUUAUAUAUACAAAUGUAGUAACAUAAGUAACGACAUUGUUGUUAUUAACUCCGACCAAGUGCAUGCGAAAGGCUAUAGGAUGCCUUUAUCUGAAAAAGCAUCAGUGAAUAACGGCAGCGACAGCGAUGAAGAGGACGUCACAGAAACAUCAACGUAUAUCGUCGCCGCAUUAAUUCACGCGGAAUAA